UUUUUUACAAAAUUGCAGGUUUUUGGAGCAUCGUGUCGGGGUGUGUCUGAUUCUGAUUCAAGAAUUAUUAUAAUAAUAGUAUUAUUAUUGUGAUUUCUUAUUUGUCAAAAUUUUUAAUUCUUGAGAUAUUUUAUUAUAUUUACCUUAAUAAGAGUGGGAGGAUUCAGGAAGUCUAAAGAUUCUAUUCUUUUAGUAUAUAAAUAGAGGUUUUUUUUUCUUUUAUCAAUCCAUUUUUCAUAUACUGUUGCAGAAAAACAAAAAGCCUUGUUUGUUAAACAGAGAAUCAAAAGUGAGAGAGACGAAGUUUGGUUAGUCCCACAUCACAAAUUUCUCAAACAAAGCUAUAAUGGAGAUGAAUAUGAGCUUUUCUCAUGACAUGGAUGAUGAAUAUGAGAAAUUCAUUAGAAGAAUGAAUCCACCCAGUAUUACUCACCUUUCUUGUCAGGGUUGUGAUUGACAAUGAAUCCUGCAAAAAUGCAACUGUGAUAAGGGUUGAUAGUGCAAACAGACAUGGAAUCCUUCUUGAAGUUGUUCAAAUCCUUACUGAUAUUAAUCUUAUUAUUACUAAAGCUUACAUAUCUUCUGAUGGCAAUUGGUUCAUGGAUGUUUUUAAUGUUACUGAUCAAGGCGGAAACAAGAUCCUAGAUGAAGGGAUUCUAGAUUAUAUAAGGAAGUCUCUAGGACCAGAAUCUUGUUUCAUGCCUUCAAUAAGAUCAGUUGGGGUGAAGCAAUCAAUGGAUCACACUGCGAUCGAGUUGACAGGAAGUGACAGACCAGGAUUGCUGUCUGAAGUGAGUGCUGUCCUAAGGCAUCUUAAAUGCAAUGUAGUAAAUGCUGAAGUUUGGACACAUAACACUCGUGCUGCCGCUGUGAUGCAAGUGACUGAUGAGGAAACAGAAACUGCAAUUACUGACCCGGAAAGGCUAUCCAGGAUAAAGUCACUUCUUUGCAAUGUUCUUAAGGGAAGCAACAAAUCAAGUUUAGCCAAAACUGUUGUCUCUCAUUCAGUCACACAUACCGAGAGAAGGCUUCACCAGAUGAUGUUUGCUGAUAGGGAUUAUGAACGAACUGGGGGCGAUGUCUUGGACCACAGACAAAGGCCAAAUGUUGAUGUUGUUAAUUGGCAUGAUAAGGACUAUUCAGUGGUUACCAUUAGGUGCAAAGAUAGGCCGAAACUUCUCUUCGAUACUGUUUGCACCUUGACAGAUAUGGACUAUGUAGUAUUUCACGCAAAUAUUGAUACUUUGGGGCCAGAUUCUUAUCAGGAAUAUUACAUUCGACAUUUAGACGGAUCCCCAGUGAAAUCUGAUGCAGAGAGACAAAGGGUAACCCAAUGUCUUGAAGCAGCGAUCGAGAGAAGAGUAUCUGAGGGUUUGAAGCUAGAACUUUGCACAACAGACAGAGUGGGAUUGCUGUCUGAUGUAACUCGGAUCUUCCGAGAGAACAGCCUGACAGUCACCCGAGCAGAAGUGACAACAAAAGCAGGCAAAGCUGUGAACACGUUCUAUGUUCGUGACGCAUCAGGCUAUCCUGUAGAUGUUAAGACCAUAGAUUCUAUCAGACAAGUUCUUGGCCAGACCAUUCUAAAAGUUAAAGGUAACCCUGACGACAGUAAACCAGUUUCCCAGGAAUCUCCAACCAGGUUCCUUUUUGGUGGUCUCUUCAAAUCAAAAUCUUUUGUCAACUUCAGCUUGGUUAGGUCUUAUUCUUAGGAAUCUAUAUAUAUAUAGGUCCUUUGACGUGUAAAUGAAAACCCACUUUGAUUUAGAUGAUGGAUUCCAGUUUAGAUGUUGUGGAGUCUAAGAAAUCAUUUCUCAGUUCUGGUAUUGGAAAUUAAACCACAGAAAUAGAAAUGGAAGGACGUGUAAAUAUGGGAGCUCACCCCUUUUUUUUUUUUAUUUACUGUGUAUUCAAUCUAUAGUUGGAUCCACAAAUGCUAAAAAAUGAAACAAUGACUUUCUGUACAAAACCCAAGUCUCUCAAUUUUCAUUGCUUUGAUUAUCUUUA